CAAUGACGGAGGAAUAAACUAGGAAACAUUUUUGCUGAAGAAAGUUAUUUCAGAGGUCAGGUAUUCAAAGAUGCUCUAAUUAUGAUUGUAUAAAAGGGUCUUAAAAGCCAGGUAAGAUUCUCCAUAUCUUUUUGAUUGCUUUUUAUAGAAGAUAACUGUUCGAUAGCCUCGGUGUUUAGCUUGGACCUAAUGAACCACAUGUAUUAUGUUUUCCUGUAAUGGUUGCUGUGUGCUGCAAAAACUAUUAGUGCUCUAACUGAAAGUGAUAAUAUUUAGUCUUUCAUCAAAGACUUCUAACCUUUAAAUAAAACAAAUCAAGAAGGCUAAUCGGUCAGGAGAACAACUAAUAAAAAGACCAACAUUAAAGCAAUAAAAGUUUUACUGGAUAUAUUUCACUAUUUCAGAUGCGGGUGAAGACAUAUUUACGAGACAAGAGGUUAUUUGCCAUAAUCCUGAUCAUCGGACUGUACUUCCUACUGCCUGCAAAUGUCAUAAGAAGUGCACCAAGGAAAGACCUUGUAAUUAGCAGUGACUUUCAAAUAAAUAAAAUAACAGUGAGUGACUGUGACAUCACCUUCAGUUUAGGAAUUUGUCAGUGUAACAGAACUAUACGAGCUCGUCUACCUCACAUUUGUCCUGAAACAUUUCCUGAUGUCGAAGAAGUACUCAAAACAGUAAAAGCUAUGUAUGGAGAGACCAUCUGUGGCGACUGGGCUACGCUACGAGGACCUCAUCAGAGAGUAGCCAGUUUUUCGGUUUAUGGGCCAUUUUUAAAUGACUAUUACCUCGGCAUCGAGUACCUUCUUCCUCGGUUGUUACAAACGUAUCCCGGAUGGAAUAUGAGGCUCUAUCAUCACAUGAACCUUUCAGAUCCUAAAGUCAAUAAAUGGGUUUGCAGCCUGGCCUGCCAGUAUCCACAUUUCGACCUUUGCGACGCUGAAAAGCUUCACAUUUUAGGAAAUGUCACCAACUCGACCGGACGGGCUUGGAGGUUUGGACCACUGGGAGACAAAUUCGUCGAUAGAUUCAUAAUCCGAGACACUGACUCUCCCAUAUAUCAGAGAGAAGUGGAUGCUGUUCAAGAGUGGAUUUUAGAUGGCACUUGUUUCCACGUCAUGCGGGAUCAUCCCUGGCACGGGGUUCCUAUCCUGGGUGGUAUGUGGGGUGGGUGCAAUGACUGGCGACAUGAAGAAGUUCUUGCUAUAACUAAAACCAUCUUCCGACUGGCUAAAUCAACCCGUUCUGACCAAGGGGAAGUUGGUAAACAUUUAUACCAUUUGGUGAAAGAGAAUGGUACCAUACAUGACUCUUACACUUGCGGCUCGUUUCGGGGCUCCAAACCUUUCCCAACACAGAGGUUUGGUGAUACUUUCAUUGGCCAGAAGUCACUUAUGAAAUCUUUCCGAAGGCGUGAUCUGAAGCAAUGUCCUGCAAAGUGUCGACCUAAAAAUCAUCCUGAUUGGCUAUACUGCUGAACAUUCACUGCCAUAUUGUUUGAUAAGUUGGAGUGUGCUAUGAUUUUGUUUGAUAUAAUCUUCUUUCAGUACUAAAGAUUAUAGAUAUUAAACACAUCUUUUAUG